CAGUUUUAAUCUCUAAUACUAUAUAUACUACCAUGGCAGAGCAAAAUAUUAUAGCAGAAUCCACCAUGGAAGAUGCCUACAAGUUCCUCAAAAUUACUCGAAAUCCAGAUGGAUCUCUCACUAGAAACCCCCCAGUUCCUAAUGUCCCUUCAACCCCAGAAAUUGACCCCAAUUCGUCAAAUCAGCUAAUUUCACUUUCAAAAGACUUACCUCUUAAUCCGGCCGCCAACACCUUCAUACGCCUUUAUCGGCCUGUUUCUCCGCCGCCUAACGCCAAAUUGCCGCUCAUCAUAUACUUCCAUGGUGGUGGAUUUUUGCUAUUGAGUGUGAGUUCUGUUAUUUUUCAUGAAUCGUGUAAUGCCAUGUCAGCUCAGAUCCCAGCGUUGAUUGCUUCCGUUGAGUAUCGCCUCGCCCCGGAGCAUCGCCUUCCCGCCGCCUAUGAGGACGCCGUCGAUGCUAUCAAAUGGGCGAAAGAUGAAGCUAUUAACGGUGGUGAUCCAUGGUUGAAAGAGUUCGCUGAUUUCUCUAAAGUUUUCUUAAUGGGUAGUAGUUCCGGAGGAAAUAUCGUGUACCAUGCAGGUCUACGUGCACUCGAUAUCAAUCUCGACCCAAUCAAGAUCGUAGGGUUGAUAAUGAAUCAGCCCUACUUUGGUGGGGUCAAGAGGUCGGAGUCGGAGCUCAAGUUUGUCAAUGACAAGAUUUUGCCUUUGCAUGUGAAUGAUCUGAUGUGGUUGCUUGCAUUGCCUGAAGGUGUGGAUCGCGAUCACGAGUAUUCUAAUCCGUUGAUUAAUGAGGCGAAAGUAAAAGAGAAGAUCGAACGGUUGCCAAGGUGUUUGAUCAGAGGGUACGGAGGAGAUCCACUUAUUGAUGGGCAAAAGGAAUUUGCUAAAAUGAUAGAGUCACAUGGGGUGCACGUGACUCCUCAGUUUCUUGAAACAGGAUAUCAUGCUGUGGAGAUAUUUGAUAAAAAAUGUGCACAAGAUUUGUAUGAUUCUAUUAAGGAAUUUGUCAAAUCUAUUUGUGAUGAAAAUGUGGGCAAAUCAGCCAUGUGAUAAUCACUUAAAA